AUGGCGGCAGCGGCGGCCGGGGCUGGAGCAGGAGUGGCCCAAGAGAAGCAGUUCCCGCCGGUGCUGCUGAGCUUCUUCAUCUCCAACCCGCGCUUCAGGCCGCGCGAGGGAGAGGAGGAAAAUAAAAUUUUGUUUUAUUAUCCAAACGAAGUAGAAAAGAAUGAAAAGAUUAGAAACGUUGGAUUAUGUGAAGCUACUGUACAGUUUGCAAGGACCUUUAGUCCAUCAAAACCUGCAAAAUCUUUAUAUACACAGAAGAACAGACAGUUCUUCAACGAACCAGAAGAAAAUUUCUGGAUGGUCAUGGUUGUUCGGAAUCCUAUCAUUGAAAAGCAAAGUAAAGAGGGAAAACCAGUUGUUGAAUGCCUAGAGGAGGAGUUGCUGGACAAGGUUUACAGUUCGGUGCUCCAGCAGUGCUACAGCAUAUUCCCCCAAAUUUUUGUAAAUACAGACGACACUUAUGAAGCGCUGCACUUGAUUGUCUAUAAGGCGAUGAGUGCAGCUGUGUGCUUUAUGAUUGAUGCCUCCAUUCAGCCCACACUGGAUUUCUGCCGAAGACUGGACAGUGUUGUGGGGCCCCAGCUCACAGUGCUGGCAUCUGACAUCUGUGAGCAAUUUAACAUCAACAAGAGAAUAUCUGGGUCUGAAAAAGAACCCCAGUUUAAGUUUAUCUACUUCAACCACAUGAAUUUAGCAGAAGAAAGUACAAUUCACAUGAGGAAGACACCCAGCGUGUCACUCACAUCUGUCCAUCCGGAUCUAAUGAAGAUUCUGGGUGACAUCAAUAGUGAUUUCACAAGAGUGGACGAGGAUGAAGAAAUCAUGGUGAAAGCCAUGAGUGAUUACUGGGCUGUUGGGAAGAAGUCUGACCGGAGGAAGCUGUAUGUUAUUUUGAAUCAAAAAAAUGCAAACCUGAUUGAAGUCAAUGAAGAGGUCAAGAAGCUUUGUGCAACGCAAUUCAAUAAGAUAUUCUUCCUGCACUGA